AUGGGUCUUGUGGAAAAGUUUCUCCCAAAAGAUGACCGCGUUGCGGCGUUUCUGCUGUAUGGAAUGGUCUUUUCGACUUGCUUCAACGGGUACGAUGCUGGGAUCAUGACGGUCAUUCUAGCCGAUGAACAAUUUAUCGAGUACUACGGUAUUAAUGAUAACAAGUCGGGUUUGGUUGCCACGAUACCCUGGGCAAUGACAGGUGUGGCCCAACUUUGGCUUGGAGGCUCCCUCGCUGCAUGGCUUGGGCGUCUUUGGGCGCUGCGAAUCUCUAUAUGUAUCAUGAUUAUUGGAGUCAUCGUCCAAGUCGUUCCGAAUAGCUUUGGUGUUCUAAUAUUGGGAAGACUCUUAACAGGACUCGGCUUUGGCUGCGUCUACAUAGCAACAAAUCUUUACGUUGCCGAAUGUGCCCCCACCAAACUUCGCGGUAGCUUCGUUGGCACAGUAUCCCAAUUCGGCUACCAGCUAGGCACACUAAUAGCUUUCUGGGCCGGAUAUGGAAUGUCAUUCCACAAAUCGCCUUACAACGUUGCCUGGCGAGUAUCCAACGUCAUUCAAAUCCCUAUCGGGUUGGCCUUUGUCGUUGUCUCGUUCUGGUAUCCUGAGAGCCCGCGUUAUAUGUUGGAGAAGUAUCCCGAGACACCUGAACGGGCUUUGAAGGUGCUAAGUCGACUGCGAUCUGGUGCACCAACGGAUGAGCGCAUUCGAGUGGAGUUCCAUGAGCUUAUUGUUUCGUAUGAGUUCCGGAAGAGAUAUGAUAAGGGUUAUAUUGGGCUUCUGAAGGAUAAAAAUAUGCGGAAGCGGCUGCUUUAUGGUGUUUAUGCUGCGGGUCUUCAGCAGUGUGGGGGUAUUGCUUCGCUAACAAUGUAUGCCACGUUGAUCUAUCAGAGUCUUGGGUGGGACUCUGGGUCUCAAGCGCUGUCGAUUAAUGGGAUUCAAUCCGUUCUCCAGCUACUCAUUGUAUCUGUCAACACAUUCACUGUUGAGCGAUAUGGUCGACGCGGCCUUCUGCUUGCUGGUUUUUCUAUUCAGUCGUUGGCUCUUUUGAUCAUGUCUUGUCUUACGACUGCGUUCCCUUCAAAUGGGAAUAAAGCGGCUGCUAUCGUUGAGGUUGCUAUGCUUUUCAUUGUUGGGUUGACAUACUGCUGGUCUAACGGCCCCAUUGCCCCGACGGUGGUGACGGAAAUCUUUCCUCAGCAUGUCCGAGACAAAGGAUUUGGUCUCUCGAUGCUUGGUCAAACAUGCUGGCUUAUUCUUCUCACCCAAUCAUGGCCCUCUUUCAACAACACAGUCGGAGGUCGUAGUUAUUGGCUUCUUUUUGGUUUGAAUGUAGCUGCCGGGAUAUCUGUCUUUUUUAUUCUCCCAGAGACAAAAGGAAUUUCACUUGAGCGAAUGGACAAGAUCUUCGGGGGCCUUGAUACUGUAGAGGCUGGUGAAUGUGAAGGGAUCUCGGAGAAACGUGAAGCCCUAGCCAUAAUGAAGGGAAAUGAAGCUCCAGCUGCUCAUUUGGAGGAUGUUCAAGAGAACUCUCAGGCGCUGGAGAAACCUGCUGUGUAA